AUGGGGCUCCACCCACAAGCGCACAGCAGUAACACCAACAAUCAAAACAGCAGCAGCACCAGCAGCAGUAGCCAGCAGCAAUCGGUGAGUCAUUCACAACAACAGCAACAACAACAACAGCAGCAACAACAACAACUCCAACAGGCUCAGUUUCAGCAUCAGUCAUCCAUCCAUCACCAGCAACAACAACUCCAGCAACAGCAACAAGCGCAUCAGCAACAGCAACAGCAACAACAAAGCCAUCACAAUGUUGCUUCCUCCCAUCAUCACGCGCACCAUCUGACGGCGCAAAACAGCAGCAUGAUGGCGGCGGCGGCAGCGGCAGCGGCUGCCCAAAGAAAUCCUUUUGGGUUUGACUUCAGCCAUUUCCAAAAUUCCUAUUAG